GCGGCGGGCUGACCGGCGGCAGCGGCGGAGCCGGCGGGCACAGCGGAGCGGACGGCGGGAGGCGGACGGCGGGCAUGGCCGCGGGGUGCACGUGCGGCGUGGAGGACCUGCUGGCCAGCGGCGGCCGCUUCCUGUGGAGCCUGACGGUGUCCGCGCUGCGGCGAUGGUACGCCGAGCGGCUGCGGGCUUGCCACCAGGCGCUGCGGGCGUGGUGCGGGCUGCGCGCUGUGUACCAGAUGACGGAGGGCAGGCACUGCCAGGUGCACCUCCUGGACGGCCGCCGGCUGGAACUGCUGGUGCAGCCCAAGCUGCUAGCGCGGGAGCUGCUGGACCUCGUGGCUUCGCAUUUCAACCUGAAGGAGAAGGAGUACUUUGGAAUCACGUUUACAGAUGACAUCGGUCAGCAGAACUGGCUGCAGUUAGAUCACCGGGUCCUUGACCAUGACUUGCCCAAGAAACCAGGCCCAGCCAUUUUGCACUUUGCCGUGAGGUUUUACAUCGAGAGCAUCUCGUUCCUGAAGGACAGGACCACCGUGGAGCUGUUCUUCCUGAACGCCAAGGCCUGUGUGCACCAGGGGCAGAUCGAGGUGGACAGCGAGACCGUCUUCAGGCUAGCGGCGCUGGCCCUGCAGGAAGCCAAAGGGGAUUACUCCAGUGAUGAAGAUGCCAGGAAGGAUCUAAGGACACUCUCAGCCUUCCCUACCAGAACUCUGCAGGAGCAUCCGUCCCUUGCUUACUGUGAGGACAGAGUCAUCGAGCAUUACCUGAAAGCCAGAGGUCUGACCCGGGGUCAAGCUGUGGUCCAAUAUAUGAAAAUAGUAGAAGCUCUACCGACCUACGGAGUCCAUUAUUACGCAGUAAAGGACAAACAAGGACUUCCUUGGUGGCUUGGCAUCAGCUAUAAAGGAAUCGGCCAAUAUGACUUACAAGAUAAAGUGAAACCUCGGAAACUGUUCCAGUGGAAACAGCUGGAGAACCUAUAUUUCCGGGAGAAAAAAUUCGCUGUUGAAGUUCACGACCCCCGGAGGAUUUCGGUGUCAAGAAGGACCUUUGGGCAAAGCGGCCUCUUUGUGCAAACCUGGUAUGCACACUCUUCACUCAUCAAGUCCAUCUGGGUGAUGGCCAUCAGUCAGCACCAGUUUUACUUGGACCGGAAGCAAAGCAAAGCAAAAAUUCCUUCAGCCAGAAGCUUAGACGAUAUCGCGAUGGAUUUGAUGGAGACAGGAACCCCGAGGACCUCCAAACUGGUCACUCUGGAGGCCAAAAGCCAGUUCAUUAUGGCCAGCAAUGGCAGCUUAAUCUCCUCAGGUUCUCAAGACUCGGAAGUGAGUGAGGAGCAGAAGAGAGAGAAGAUCCUGGAACUGAAGAAGAAGGAAAAGCUGCUGCAGGAGAAGCUCCUGAAGAAAGUCGAGGAGCUGAAGCAGAUCUGUCUGCGGGAGGCGGAGCUUACGGGCAAAAUGCCAAAGGAGUACCCGCUGGGCAUCGGUGAGAAACCGCCUCAGGUCCGAAGGCGUGUGGGCACCGCCUUCAGAUUAGAUGACAACUUGCUCCCCAGUGAGGAGGACCCUGCUUUGCAAGAGCUGGAGAGCAACUUCCUAAUACAGCAGAAGCUGGUGGAAGCUGCAAAGAAGCUUGCCAAUGAGUCAGACCUGUGUAAAACCGUGAAGAAAAAACGAAAGCAAGAUUACACGGAUGCAGUGAGAAAGCUCCAGGAGAUUGAAAACGCAAUAAAUGAAUACCGCAUCAGGUGUGGGAAGAAGCCUACCCAGAAAGGGACAGGUACCUUACCAGAAGACAUAAUCCCCUCAGAAAGCAGCUCCUUGUCUGACACUACCACCGGAGAUGAUCCCAAUGACACCUUCACCCUUGCUGGACAGCGGUCAAGUUCAGUGCCUCAUUCUCCAAGAAUUCUCCCUCCCAAGUCUCUGGGUAUUGAGCGAAUCCACUUCAGAAAGUCGUCCAUCGGUGACCAGCUGGUGGAUGCCAGGCAGGCCAGAGAAAUGCUGUCGACACACAGCAGCCCGUACAAGACCCCGGAGAGGCGGCCCCCGGGCGGGCGGAGCAUGCCCAGCACCCCGGUCCUCACCCGCAAUGCCUACAGCAGCAGCCACUUACAGCCCGCCUCCGCCCCGCACGGCCGCCAGCGCAGCGGCAGCCUGGAGUCCCAGUCGCACCUGCUGUCGGAGCUGGACCACGACGGGCCCUUCUUCUCGCUCCGCCAGGCCCAGCGCAGCAGCAGCACCGAGGUGCUGGACGACGGCUCCUCCUGCACCAGCCAGUCCAGCGCCGAGUGCCACUGCGCGCCCGGCCCCCGGCCCGGCGCCCACACCCUGGACGCCCGCGCCCGCGGCCGGCGCCGGUCCCGCAGGCGGAGCGCCGCGCCGUCCAGCUCGGGCAGCAUGCCCAACCUGGCGCCCAGGGACGGCCUGCGCAACGGCGCCCACAGCCCGGGCCCCGAGCAGCCCUCCUACUACGUCGCCGAGGGCGACCUGUACUGCGGCGGCGGCUACGUCUACGAGAACGACACGGAGGGCCAGUACAGCGUCAACCCUUCCUACCGCGCCUCCGCCCACCACGGCCACGGCCGCCCGCGGGACUACGGCAGGGCCUUCCACGGGGACGAGGUGGACCGGGUGCCCCACAACCCCUACGCCACCCUGCGGCUGCCCCGCAGGGCCGCGGGCUCGGAGCGCGGCCCCAAGCACAUGCAGAAGGCGCUGGUGGCCGAGCAGCUGCGCGGCUGGUACCAGCGGGCCUCGGGCCAGAGGGAGCAGGGCGGCACCGGCGCGGACGCGGAGCGGGCGGCCCCGCGCUGCCUGGGGCUGGCGGGGCUGCAGGGGCCCUGCUCGCCGGGCAGCCGCGCGUCCUCCUACUCCUCAGUGUCUUCUACGAACGUUUCCGGGAGCUGGCGGACCCAGAUGACAGUCGGGCUUUCUGAGUACGAGGCCCCGGCACAUCCUUCCUACACCACCUGCUACGGUGGCUUCUACAGCCCUUUGCCCUCUCCAGGCAGGCAGUACGCAGAGGCAGGCGCCCUGGACGGGGCGGCCGCGGGCGGCCUGGAGGCGGCCGAGCAGGGGCUCCUCUGGCACGAAGACUCCAAGCCCGGGACCUUAGUCUGAGCGGAGCCACCCUGCCCGCGACCUCACACUGUGUGCCUUGGCAAAGCGUGCGUCUUCCCGGGGGCUGUUUGGCAUCCGAGGAUGCAGAGAGGACUCCCCUCCACCCGACGUGAACCCCAUCCUCUGCCGCACAGGGCCCCGCGGACACCUGCCCUUCCACGUCCCAGCCUCCCCGGCGAUCGCAGGGCCACCGCCUUCCAUGGCCCAGGCAGCUCGGCCUUCCCCGCCAGCGCCAGCAAGCAGGCGGUGAGGGAAGAGAAGCUGCGGGAGGCAAACCCCAACUGUGAGAAGCUGCCAGGAUCCCCCAGGGCAGCGGAGGGGGCUUGCAGAGCACAGUUUCCAGUGAACGGCCGGGGCCACGGCCAGGCUGCCUGGAAGCAGCUGAGAGCUGCAGGGAGGACACUGCCCAGGAACAAUGGACAGUAUUGGAGAAUUACUUGAAGAGGAGCUGCAUUUUCAUGAAGUUCUGAGCGAGUGCACACGUGUUUCGGGUUGAUGGAGUGACGGUCUUCACAAGCACCACACGGUGGGUCCACACAGACUUCGCAUGGCACCCUGCAGUGACCCCCGGGGCCGGACGGCAGCCCCAGGAGCUGGCCCCUUGCUGGGGGGCACCCAGGUCCCAGCCCCCCCCCCUUUCCUCCCUGCACCAGUGGCAUGAGGAGCUGUUAUUCAGGCUGUUCACGCUCCGACGUGGCUGUCAUUUGAAAUGGCAGGCUUGAUAUGGAAAGUUCAUAAUCAAGCAUUUGAAAAAGUAUUUUGAGGUGAUAACGGAAAGAACCCAAAACAAAAUAAAGGAAAAAAAAAAAAAGCACAUCAUUUUAGAUGAAUUGUGUGCCUUAACAUGGUGACUUGUUAGAAGAGUGAGCUAUUGCCUGAAUUCCACGGGAGUUCUAAGUCACCGAGUGACACAAACCAGAUUAGUCGUUAACAGUACAGAAACUCCGAGCUGCGGUAGAUGUAACUAUGAGGCUAAAACUACCUCAUACUUUCCGUGGAAGAACUAAUUAGCUACGGUUGUGGUUGAGUUUUUUUUAACAGAUAUUUCCAUAUUCCAGACCUUUGUCUGCUUUACUCUGCUUCAGAAUUCCAGUCCAGGUGCUCCUUCCCCCUUUUAUACAGGUUUCUUGUUCAUAUUGUGACUAGAGCGGUUUCUGAACAACUUUUUGGAACAUUUUCUAUCUAUAUUCCAAAGCAUGUAGUAUUUACAUAAAGUGGAUUUGUUAAACUGGUCCUUAGUCAUUUGUAUCAUUAAAAAUGAAGUUUGGGGGGAGGGGCGUUGGAACAAAAAAAGACAUGCAAAAAAUAACAUUCCUUUUGCAUUUGUAUAGCCUUCUAGAAACAGAAAUACCCUUUGCAUAUUCUUUUACUGUUCUGACUUUUUAAGACCUAUUAUUUUUACAUAGGUCAAUAAACUGAGGUGUGCUACUGA